AUGUCUCAACUCUUCAAUAGCUCGAAAGAUGACACGCAAGCGGCAGCAUUCGUGACUCGAGGUUCCAGUAAUCCUCCAACAAAAGAGAUCAAUCUUUUGGAUUCUGACCAGCAGAAGAACUUCGUGGGCACUAAGAGCAGAUUGCCUGAAUUCCUCCUCACUGGCAAAGUUGUUGUUGUCUCUGGUGCUGCACGGGGGCUAGGAUUGACACAGGCUGAGGCAUUGCUAGAAGCUGGUGCUAUAGUCUACGCCCUUGACCGUCUUGAGCAGCCUUCUCCCGAUUUUUAUCGCAUCCAACAGCGUGCGGCUGAAGAGUUGAACACAAAACUUCAUUACCGGCGCAUCGAUGUUCGCGACACCGAAGGUCUGAACGACGUCAUCAAGGAAAUUGCAGCCCAUGAAAACCGGAUGGAUGGUCUUAUUGCCGCAGCGGGGAUCCAGCAGGAAACCCCCGCAUUGGAGUACACGGCCAAAGACGCCAAUUUGAUGUUUGAGAUCAACAUCACCGGCGUAUUUAUGACUUCGCAAGCUGUUGCGAAGCAGAUGAUCCGGUUUGGCAAUGGCGGCAGUAUUGUUAUGAUUGCGAGUAUGAGCGGGUCUAUUGCGAAUAGGGGUCUGAUCUGUCCUGCCUACAACGCCAGCAAAGCUGGUGUGAUACAACUGGCUCGCAACCUCGCGUCGGAAUGGGGCCAACAUGGUAUCCGUGUCAAUACCAUCUCACCUGGCUACAUCGUCACCGCCAUGGUCGAGGAUCUAUUCACACAGUACCCAGAGCGCAGGAUCGAAUGGCCUAAGCAGAACAUGCUAAAUCGGCUUAGCUCUCCUCAAGAGUAUCGUGGUGCUGCGGUCUUUUUGAUCAGUGAUGCCAGCAGCUUUAUGACGGGUAGCGAUUUGAAGAUGGAUGGGGGUCAUAGUUCGUGGUAA